UAGCAUAAUAAUCGAAAAGAUUAAAAAAUGACGAGGAAGAAUGCUUUGUUUUUCUUGUUCAUUGUAAUAUGUUCGACAUGGAUGGUCAGAGGAAUGGCCCAAAACGACACGAUUCCAGUGAAAGUUGGUGUCGUUUUGGACCUUGAAACUCCAGUUGCUAAAAUUUGGUUAAGUUGCAUAGAAUUGGCUCUCUCAGACUUGUAUGCCUCCCAUGCCCACUUUAAGACUAGAUUGGUUCUCAAUAUCAGAGACUCCAAGAAAGAUAUCGUCUCUGCAGCCUCCGCAGCUCUGGAUCUUAUAAAAAAUGUACAAGUGCAAGCAAUAUUAGGGCCACAAAGAUCGAGUCAAGCCAAAUUCAUCAUUGAAUUAGGGCAAAAGGCUCAAGUGCCAAUAAUAUCAUUUUCAGCAACAAGUCCUUCUCUCAAAAUUCCAAGUCAAAGCUCAUACUUUUUCCAAACAGCGACGAGUGACUCAUCUCAAGUCACAGCCAUUAGUUCCAUAGUCAAAGCUUUUGGAUGGCGAAAUGUAGUGCCCAUCUACACAGCCAAUGAAUACGGAGAAGGAAUCAUUCCCUAUUUGGUCGAUGCCCUAAUAGAAGUCGAUGCCAGAGUUCCCUAUCGAAGUGCCAUUCCACCCUCAGCCACCGAUGAUCAGAUCAAGAACGAGCUUUACAAACUAGACUCAAUGCAAACUAGGGUUUUCGUUGUUCACAUGUGGUAUGACCUUGGGUCAAGGUUGUUUACCUUAGCUGAGGAGAUUGGAAUGUUGGGAGAGGGUUAUGUUUGGAUCAUAACAGAAGAUUUCACCAAUCUCUUAGGCUCCUUAAGUUUCUCAGUCAUCGACUCAAUGGAAGGGGUUUUAGGAAUCAAGACUUUUGUGCCACCAUCGAAAGAGCUUGAUAGUUUUAAAGUUGGGUGGAAAUCCAAGUUCUACAAUGCCCAACUCAAUGUAAUGGGUUUAUGGGCAUAUGAUUCGGUCCAUGCAUUAGCCUUAGCCAUUGAAAAACUACAUGGUAGUAGUGGUGUGUUAAAAAAUGUUACAAGUGGUGGCUCGACUGAUGAUCUUUUUAGUUACAAGGUGUCACCAAUUGGUCCAAAAUUAUUGGAAACCUUAUCAGGUACAAGAUUCAGGGGCCUGGCUGGAGAUUUCAUCUUAGAUAAUGGAACACUAAAAACCUCGACAUUUCAAAUAGUGAAUGUUGUGAAUGGUGGUAGAGCAGGGAGAAAAGUUGGGUUUUGGACACAAAAAAAUGGACUGGUGAGAACUUUGUUGGAUUCGAGAGCUGAAUAUUCGACUUCAAAAUUAAAUCUGAAACCUAUUAUAUGGCCAGGAGAGUCUAUUAUUGCUCCAAAAGGUUGGGUGAUUCCGACUAAUGGGAGGAGGUUGAGGAUUGGAAUUCCGGUCAUCACUGCCUAUAAAGAGUUUGUAGAUGUGACAAACUGUGAUCCAAGUACUAAUACAUCAGAUGCCAUAGGCUUCAGCAUUGACGUAUUUAAAGCAGCAGUUAAAGCCUUGCCAUACGAUCUUUCUUAUGAUUUUUUUCCUUAUCAAAAGCCUAAUGGUUCCUAUGAUGACUUGGUAUACGAAGUAUAUCUUGGGAACUACGAUGCAGUGGUAGCAGACACGACGAUUAGAGCAAACCGAUCCCAAUACGUGGAUUUCACAUUGCCAUACACAGAAUCAGGCGUGGCAAUGGUGGUUCCAAUGAGAGACAAUAAGCCAAAAAGUGCAUGGAUUUUCUUGAAGCCUUUGACGUGGGAUUUAUGGGUCACCACCUUUUGUUUCUUUCUCUUCAUUGGUUUUGUCGUUUGGGUUCUGGAGCACCGAGUCAAUGAAGAUUUUCGUGGGCCACCUUCACAUCAAAUCGGCACAAGCUUUUCAUUCUCCUUUUCAACCAUGGUUUUUGCAAAUAAGGAGAGAGUGGUGAGUAACUUGGCUCGGUUCGUGGUGAUCAUAUGGGUGUUUGUGGUGUUAAUAUUGACUCAAAGUUACACGGCUAGUUUAGCUUCACUUUUAACAGUGGAAAAACUUCAACCAACUAUUACAGAUAUAAACCAACUCUUAAGAAAUGGAGAAAGAGUUGGGUGUUUUCGCAACUCCUUUGUGUAUGGGCUGUUAGAACAUACAGGUUUUCCCUCUUGGCAAAUCGUACCUCUUAACUCCACAGAUCAAUGUGACCAUUUCUUGUCUAUUGGGAGCGCCAAAGGUGGUAUUUCUGCUUAUGUUGACGAAACCCCAAAUACAAGGAUUUUUCUUGGCCAAUACUGUUCCAAAUAUACCUUGAUUGGCCCCAUAUUCAAUACUGCUGGCUAUGGAUUCGUAAGUACUUACUUUCUAAUUACAACUCCUAGUAAUUUUCUUAAUAUAUAUGUUUAUAUAGUGUUCCCAAAAGGGUCUCCUCUAGUAUGUGAUGUUUCAAGGGCCAUUCUCAACGUUACCGAAACAGAAGAAAUGAAGAAAACUGAGAAAAAAUGGUUCGAGACAGACCAAAAAGCUUGUUUAGACUAUGACCCCAAAAUCUCAUCCAACAGUCUUAGCCUUGGUAGCUUUUGGGGCCUAUUCUUAAUAGCCGGCGUUUCUUCAUUAUUUGCACUCAUAAUCUUUGCAAUUACGUUCCUUCAUGAGCACAAGCAAAUCUUAUUGGAUUCCCAUGAUUCGGUUGGAAGAAGAAUUGGAGCCAUUUUCAAAAGCUUUGACCAAAAAGACCUCUCCUUCCAUACUUUUAACAAGAGUAAUAGUAAUCAACUGAUCAAUAAUGGUGGAUAUGGUACAGACAUCAUGGACUUAACAGCUAAUAAUAAUACCAACUGUCCUCCGAGUCCAUCAACUACUAAUUAUACAGCCUCAAACUCCCCAAUCUCAAUGGGAGAACAAGGAACAAUACCAUUUUCUAGUGCUCAGCAUAUUGUCUAAAUGAAUUAAGAUUAGAUUACUAAGUUAUUAACUACUAGUCACAACUAAUUAAAAAUUACUUAUGUUUUU